GUAAUCAACCGGAAGUCUGGGAUCGCACUUGACAGGAAGAGAUCGCCAAGGGGUUAGUUGUCAUGGUGACGGACAAGCUGUACAGCGCUACAAUGGGGGAAAGUGGCGACAAUUCCUAUGUUAUUCGUCCGAACUUCCAGCACAAAUUUAGAACUGCAACAGUAAAGGACUGCAUUCGAUCUGUUUUGAAGGAGGAACUGAAAAGCCAGCAGUAUAUUCCAGAGGAGGUUCCACAACUGACUCGAUUUCUGUCAGAGACAAUAAAGGAUAAACUGAAAGAAAUGGGGUUUGAUAGGUAUAAGAUGGUGGUUCAGGUUGUGAUUGGUGAACAGAGAGGCGAAGGAGUAAAAAUGGCUGCCAGGUGCUUCUGGGAUGCAGAUACCGAUAGUUACGCUGAAGAGGUUUUCAUGAAUGAGUACCUGUUUUGUGUUGCAGCUGCAUUUGGAUGCUUUACUAUUAAGAAGACUCAAUUUAAUAUUCACAUGGAUAUUUUUUAAUUGUGCAACAAUGUGUCACAUAACGGAACACCAUGGUUACAAUGUUGUAAAUAUGUUAGUUUUGUAUUAUAUAUAAAAAUAUAUAAUAAAUUAUAAAGCACUUUCUUCA